AUGAGUACACACACUCAAUAUAAUUACAAUCGAAGGAAUUCGAGCACUACUCCGUAUUCGAUUCCUUCAAAACACCAUCAUGUCUCUUCACAUAAUGGAUCCAUAUCAAGUUCAGUUCCAUCAUUAUCUAGAGAUUUUGUAGCCCGUCGAAUCAGUGAGGGUGAAACAGGACGUCUUAAAGAAGAACUCAAGUGUGAGGCUUGUGGGAAGGGUUACAAGCAUAUUUCAUCGUUAGCAAAGCAUUUAUGGGAACAUACACCAGAAUGGAAUGUUACUAAGAAACUUCUUAUAUCAAAGCAUCAACAAGUACAACUUUUAGAAGCUGCUAGUAUAUUAGUUGGGAUGAAUGAAAGUAAUCCAGGAUCUAGAAGAAAUCUGACGUUUUCUUCCGAAUAUAGUAAUACAGGAGCAGGUGCGACAGAUCUUUCACUUUCCCCAAGUACUACUCCACCAGGUGAUGGAACUACAUCUACAGUCAAUGAAACUAACAAUGGAUAUCAUCCAUUUAAAAAAUCAUUUGUCACUGAAAAUAAUGGUAAUUUUACCAAUUCAAUUCCACAAAAAUCACAUCGUGCUCAUUCUAUAUCUAGAUAUCCUCCAUCACAAGAAAUGACCACUACAUCGAGCAAGAAUGAACCUGGCGUUCCAAGUCUUGUGGGUGGUUAUUUGGAUGUUAGGGAAAAACACGGUGAAGAAGAACACGAGGAAGAAGAGGAAGGACCUGGAAGCUCAACAAACCCUAGAACUAGGGUAAAUUCCAUAGCUGUUCCAUCGGAAACUCCAUCGAAUCUUAAGUCUCCAAAGACUUCUUACUCCUAUUCACUGGCACCCCCACACCCAGCUGUGUUUUCCCCAUCUCCUACACUUAAGCUGGAUGACUCACAAAGGGUAAACGACUCGCUUGAUGAUGAGUUAGUUAUUGGGAAAAUGGAAUAA